UAUUCUUAUUGAACAACCGGACUAACUCUACAACAUUUAGGUAUGUGAAAAACUUAUGAAUAAUUAACUCAUAAGUAGGUAGAUAUGAGUUCAAUUUAUAAUAUCUACUUAUGAAUUAAUUUUUCAUAAGUUUGAGAACUUAGAGGUGUGACCGAUUUCCAACAAAGUUAAAAAAAAGUAGCAUUAUAAAACUUUGAUAGAAUGAAAGAAAUAGAGCACGCCAGGCCCCAACAAUGAAACAUUUGAACAAAUCUUAGCACCACCUUCCCAACUUCAAAAACCUUUUCCUAACUUGAAUCAAAGCAAUCAUAAACAAACCAAGAAAAAGUUUUUUUUUUUUUUUUUAAAAAAAAGAAAAGGCAAUGGCAAUGGCAGUGAAAAAUUGCAGGCUUUAACAUCUCUGUCUUCUUGUCUUCCCCAGCAACUGCACCUUUGUCCCCUUAGAUAUCAUUAAAGCCUGCUUCCAUUGUUGGCCCCACUCUCAUCUCACAACCCACCAAAAAACAAUACUCAAUUCCUCUAUAUAAACCCACCGAAAUUUUGGGAGUUUAACUUGAAGCAAACCCAUUUAAAAAAAUUUGUGAGUAAUUUCAUCAAACAUGUGGAGGACAGAAGAAAUUAACAGAGAAUUAAAGCAAGGAGGAGAGUUUGAAGAUAAAGAUUCUAUAAGGAAUGCUUUGUUAUCAGCUGGAACAGCAUUGUUAAUGGCAACUUGCUUGAAGAAAUUAGCUGUUGUUAUGUUCUUGGUUGAGCAAUGGCGGAUCUGGGUUUUCCUUGUUUUAAACCUUAUUCUUGUUGCAAUUUUCUUCACUUCAAAUCCUGCAAAUCCUGCAAAUUACAGUGAAACCCAAAAACAAGAGACAAGUGGUAAAACAAAGCUGAAGAAGAUUGAAAAGAGAGAGUUGGAGGAGGCUAAGAAAGAAGAAGAUAAAACAAAGCAGAAGAAGAUUGAAAACAGAGAGAUCAAAGAGGCUAUAAAAGAAGAAGAUGAAAUCAAAGAAGAAGAUGAAAUUGAAGAAGAAGAAGAAGAAGAAAUAGAGUUAUCAAAAGAGGAAUUGAAUGAAAGAGUUGAAGCUUUCAUUGUAAUGUUCAAGAAGCAAUUGAUUUCAGAUGCAAGAAAAGGAGGAAACAGAUUCAGCUAUAAUCAUAAUUAUGAUAAGAAUAAGAGGAAGAAUAGUCAAUAGCCAAAGCCAAAAAUCUGUUUGGCCCAACAGAUAUGAGGAUGUUGUUCCCAUUGUUUCUCUUUUGUUUCUUCAAUCAGUUUCAAGAGCUUCAAAAUAUGUAAUCUCCAAACCAUAAAUUUUCAAAUAUACCAUCAUUUUUGUAUAAAUUCAAACUUUUUUUCUUUCCA